ACGUGAGAGUGCGAAGGCGGUAAUUCCAAGCGUGCAUAAAAAUUCGAAAUUUAUAACAGUGAUAUAGUAUUUAAUAUUAGUUAUUUAAUUUAGCGUGGCACAGUUUCUUCGAAAUGAGUAACUUUCACUCUCCUAUGAAAUGUAUAUCUCCCAAUGCAAGAGUUUUAACGCCCAAGCCGCAAGUACAGCAGCUGCUAGAUUUAAGACAAACACAAAUUAAAGCUCGCAACAGUAUUACAUGGUUUUUCAUCAAUAGUACUUUACUUAGUAUUAUAAUCUUUGAUAUAAUAUACGGUGGACCUGCAUAUAAACCAGUUUCUUGGAUUGAGUGGUGUCUAGCGUCAAUAUUUGCGCUGAAUGCCUUGUACCACAUUAUACAAUAUAUAUAUGCUACUCUGAGCUUGAAACCGAUUACGCUCAAUGCUAAACAAAGGCCACUUUUAGGAAUUUCAGAAGACGAUCCUCUGUUCAAGGAUGAAGUGCCUCAAAAGCAAAAAACUCCAGAACCAAGCCCUUCCUUGAAUCUAUCUUGUAUGAAUUUUAGCAGACGUACAUCCCUUGGCUCACCGAUUUUGAGUGAAAUCAAGGAUUAUUCAUCAUCAACCUCGUUUCUUAAGUAUAGUAACCCUGCGUCUCCCAAAUCAACCAUAAGUUCUAAUGGAUCCUUCAGUAAAUCCAUGAACAUAUCCAUGAAUGGCAGCUUGACAAAUGAAGAUCUCAUUCAGGAUGAAUGCGAACUGGAGAAUUAUCUCAAAGAAAUUGCACAACAGAGGAAAUGUGUACUAUCCACGAAUGUUGAUCAACCUUCCAAUCUCUUGAGUUCUUUUUGGUCUCAUCCUGCCACUCGAGCUCCAGGCGAAGUAUCACCAUUGUUAAGAAGAUGCACUUAUCAACUUGCACCUACUAUAGAUAAAACGAAAGCGACUAGCCCUGGUGCUGAAGAAGGAAGUUCUCCUAGAGGUACAUUCGGUGCACUAAAUGUGUGGAGAAAGUACAGGAUUGAUUCAAACAAAGUCAAUGAGUGGACUGCCAAUCUUCGGAUGUGGAUCAGUAAGACAGUUGUAGAACGGGUGGCUUUGGAAAUAGACAAUAUAUGCGCGGCAUUGGUACGUCAUGGUUUGAGCGACUCGCAACCGGGCCAUGUAGGAUUGGACAGACUCCGGAAACUGGCACAAGCACCAUUUCUAGUCUCUGCGAUUCCUACUCUGCCUACAUUGGUUCCAUUUCUGGAACUCUCUAAUAAUCAGGAAUAUCUCGUAAAAAGAAUAAAGAUACUUGCGAAGGGGGGGUCUAUGAGCGAAUUUAAAUGGAACAGUGGUGGUUCUCACAACGGUAAGGAGUGGGACUCCAGCUUGCCAACUGACUCCGCGAUAAUAAUGCAUUUAAUUUCGACCUAUAUGGACACGCAAUUGGAAGCACCUUUGGAUCAACCAGACGCCAGACCGUUUACAUCGAGAUACAUGGCGAGAUCUGGCAUGGAACUGCCGCGUAACAAAGGUCCGAUAAUAGUCUGCGAUUACGAAGAAGUACAAAGGGGGCGCAAUAAUUUGUUCCAUACGCUUCUACUUUUCUUAUACAUAGUCAAGACGCGAGAUCACGGUAUGUUAGGACGAGUUAACGCAGGAUCGUCUGGAAUCAAUAUCCUGUGGGUGAUAGACGCCUGAAAUCGAGUAAUUUGCUGUUGAAUAAAAUCGAAAGAAUAAGAAAAGGUAGCCUGAUCAGUAAAAUGGACAUCUGCGUAUUAAAUUAACACUUAUAAGACUUGUGUGAUAUGUCGAUUGACUUUUACAUGGUUUGUAUAUAUAUCAAUCCAGUUUAACAAUCGCAAUUGAAUAAAGUGAAAUGUUUAUACGUUUAUAAGAAACAACGGUUGCCAUGAAUUUUUUUAUUCGCAUACUUAUGGCUAUGUACAAAAACAUCAAGGAUUAUGAUCCAUGAUUGUUACAAGUUUUCCAUUUGUAAUUCUUAAGAAACGCAUAUCAUCGCACAUAACUUGUGUAUCUAUAUAAAAGGUCUACUCUUCCUGCCAAAAUAUCUUAUCAAAAUUAACAAUCUUGCUAAGAAUUGAACGUUAUCAAUAUUAGUUUAAUGGAAAAUAUGUCUUUUUUUAUAUCUUAAAAUAAGAAAUGUUUAUCUCUCUGUGUUAAACUAUAAACCACUUCAGGUGCAUAGAUAUGCCGUAAUUGAAGACAUUUUAAUAUUUUUAUCAAUUACAUUUAUAUUAUAAGAUUACUUAAUUCAUUGCCACUAUCAUUUUGUAUAAA